AUGGAGGAGGAGCUGAAGUGUCCAGUGUGCGGAUCCCUGUUUCAGGAGCCCAUCAUUCUGCCCUGUUCUCACAACGUCUGCCUGCCUUGUGCUCGCACCAUCGCCGUGCAGACCCCGGACAGCGAGCAGCACCUCUCCCAGCCGCUCCUGCACACCCGGGGCUCGGGAUUGCCGGCGGGCGCCGCCGCUGCGCCCCCUUCGGACUACGACUCGGCUACUGGCCCUGCCUGCAGCGGCGGCGGCGGGAGCGCAGCUGGUGGCCUUAGCGGCAGUGGCGGCGGUGCAGGAGGCGGCGGAGACCACGCGGACAAGCUGAGCUUGUACAGCGAGACAGACAGCGGCUAUGGCUCUUACACUCCGAGCCUCAAGUCUCCCAACGGAGUUCGCGUGCUACCCAUGGUGCCCGCGCCCCCCGGCUCCUCGGCCGCCGCGGCUCGGGGCGCCGCCUGCUCCUCGCUGUCCUCCUCCUCCUCUAGCUCCAUCACGUGUCCGCAAUGCCACCGCAGCGCCUCCCUGGACCACCGCGGCCUGCGCGGCUUCCAGAGGAACCGGCUGCUGGAGGCCAUAGUCCAGCGCUACCAGCAGGGCCGCGGGGCCGUGCCAGGGGCGUCCGCAGCCGCGACUGUAGCCAUCUGCCAGCUGUGCGACCGCACCCCGCCAGAGCCGGCCGCCACGCUCUGCGAGCAGUGCGACGUGCUCUACUGCGCUGCCUGCCAGCUCAAGUGCCAUCCGUCCCGGGGACCCUUCGUUAAGCACCGCCUGGUGCAGCCGCCGCCGCCUCCAGCGCCCGCGGAGGCUGCCGUUGUCCCCCCCAGCGCGGCCCAGGGCGCCCCCAGCGGAGGCGGUGGCUGUAAGAGCCCAGGAGGCCCCGGGGCGGCAGGGACCAGCGCCGCUCGCAAGUUCCCCACCUGCCCAGAGCACGAAAUGGAGAACUACAGCAUGUACUGCGUGAGCUGCCGAACCCCUGUGUGCUACCAGUGCCUGGAGGAGGGCCGGCACAGCAAGCACGAGGUGAAGCCCCUGGCGGCUAUGUGGAAGCAGCACAAGGAAAAUGGACUGGACUACGAAGCCUGCUUGGUUGCUCAGUGUGAUGCCCUGGUUGAUGCUUUAACUCGGCAGAAAGCCAAAUUGCUCACCAAGGUUACUAAAGAGAGGGAACACAAGUUGAAGAUGGUUUGGGAUCAGAUCAACCACUGCACAUUGAAGCUGCGCCAGUCCACAGGGUUGAUGGAGUACUGCCUGGAGGUGAUAAAAGAGAAUGACCCCUCCGGGUUUCUACAGAUCUCAGACGCCCUGAUCAAGCGUGUCCAGGUAUCUCAGGAACAGUGGGUGAAAGGUGCCCUGGAGCCCAAGGUGUCUGCGGAGUUCGACCUGACUUUGGACAGUGAGCCGCUGCUGCAGGCCAUCCACCAGCUGGACUUCAUCCAGAUGAAAUGUAGGGUGCCGCCGGUUCCACUGCUGCAACUGGAGAAGUGCUGCACCCGCAACAACAGCGUUACGCUGGCCUGGAGGAUGCCGCCCUUCACCCACAGCCCCAUGGAUGGCUAUAUCCUGGAGCUAGACGACGGCGACGGCGGGCAGUUCCGGGAAGUGUAUGUUGGCAAGGAGACCCUGUGUACCAUCGAUGGCCUUCAUUUCAACAGCACCUACAAUGCCAGGGUCAAGGCCUUCAACUCUUCGGGUGUCGGGCCUUACAGUAAAACUGUUGUUCUGCAGACAUCUGACGUGGCCUGGUUCACAUUUGACCCCAACUCCGGCCACCGAGACAUCAUUUUGUCCAAUGAUAACCAGACAGCCACCUGCAGCAGCUAUGACGACCGGGUGGUGCUGGGCACGGCCGCAUUUUCCAAGGGUGUGCACUAUUGGGAGCUGCACGUGGACCGGUACGACAACCAUCCGGACCCCGCCUUUGGGGUUGCCAGGGUCAACGUGGUCAAAGACAUGAUGCUGGGCAAGGAUGACAAGGCCUGGGCCAUGUAUGUGGACAACAAUCGCAGCUGGUUCAUGCACUGCAACUCCCACACCAACAGGACGGAAGGCGGAGUGUGCAAAGGGGCCACAGUUGGCGUGCUGCUGGACCUGAACAAACAUACCCUGACCUUCUUCAUCAAUGGGCAGCAGCAGGGCCCCACAGCCUUCAGUCAUGUGGACGGGGUCUUCAUGCCAGCCCUCAGCCUCAACCGCAACGUGCAGCCCUAUCCUGUGGCGUCCUGCCCUCUGCCCUACCAGAGCACUCCCAGGUACCGGAUCCCUGAACGAGCUCAGUGUGUGUUCACCUGCUGCAGCCGGACAUCUGUGCCUACACCAAUCACCCAUGCCUGUCUAGGACUGUACGUGAGAGCCCGCACCACGGACUUGGUGGCCGACAACCUGGACACCUGA